CGAAUAUUUGUAACUUUUCGCAAUGAUCACAAUUACUAAGUCGCGAUGAUGAGAAAGCAGCUCGUUCGAAGGAGAGGAAAAUAGUUCGCUAUAGAUUUUCUCGAUCAUGGUUGUGGAAUGGAUAUCUCGCUUAGCAAAGAGACCUGCGGACAGAACAGGGGAGGAUCUGGAUAUUAUUUUCGCCAGAUUUAAGAAUCUGAAGGCAUUUGAGCGUUUCAACCACGCAGUUCUUCACCAAAUUUGUUACUAUGGUUACUAUCAAGACUUGGAGGAAGGAAUCACUCUGUAUCGUCAAGGUGACAUUGGCUGUUACUGGUACGUUGUCCUCGCUGGAGCGCUUGAAGUUCGUGCAUCGAAAACCGGAAAAUAUGAGGAUGCUGAAGCCAUUUGCACUCUCGGCCCCGGAAAUUUUUUCGGCGAAUCAGUACUGGAUGACUCACCCAGACGCUCCACAGUCAUCACAAGCGAAUUUUGUGAGCUUUUGCUGAUAGAGAAGAAAUUCUUCCGUACUAUUUGGGAGCGAAACAAGCAAUUUCUAGAGGACAUUAUACCCAGUCCCUCAUCUACCCCUGUCGGAGAACAAAACAAUAAUGAGCAACUUCCUGAAAAUAAUACGGUGGAGGGUAAACCAUCCAAGACAGUGUACUCACCUGAGGCACUCAGAAAUGGUGGACUGGUCCUGCGUUUUGCAAUGCUUCGUCACCAGUCUCCAAAACUGAUCCGUGAUCGAGAACUUGAUAAACGCAAGGUGUGCAGAUGCUUCGUUGGAUCGGAAGCGGUCGAUUGGCUGACAAAAAUCAGCCCAAUGGUUCAUGGUCGUUUUCAUGCCAUCGCUAUGCUUCAGGCGCUUUUGGAAGAGGGAGUCAUUACUCAAGUGGGCCAUGGGUAUGAAUUCAAAGACCAAGACAUUCUUUAUCGCUUUGUUAUGGACGAGAAUGAUAAUGAGAGGCCUGGAAAAGAGGCAUACAGUGAGGAAGACCUGGAUGAUGUACUGCUCAUGCUCAGUAGGUCCGGAUUGGAUGCACAACUGAGAAUGGCUCUGAGAAAACCUGCUAUGGAAAGAACUCCAGACGACUUAUCUUUAAUUUACGAUGAACUCAUGCAUGUAAAGGCUCUUCAAUAUCUUUCAACCAUGGUUAAAAAAGAACUGUCAUACGCUUUUGUGUUGGAAUCCAGUUUCAAAAAGGGAACUGUGCUUUUCAGCGAAGGAGAAGAAGGGAUUUCCUGGUACAUCAUACUGAAGGGCUCAGUGAAUGUCGUGGUUCAUGGAAAGGGUGUGGUGUGCCAACUGAAUGAAGGAGACGAUUUUGGAAAACUAGCACUUGUAAAUAACGCUCUGAGAACCGCCACAAUAGAAACUUCUCAAGACAUUUGUCAUUUCUUGAAGAUAGGAAAGAAAGACUUUAACAGAAUCCUUAAGGACGUGGAAACAAAUACUGUUCGUCUAAAAGAACACAGAAAAGAUGUCCUUGUCUUGGAAAAGAUUAACAUACCUAACAUGUUUGGAGAAGAUAACAGCCAAACUCACAUUCCGCAGAUUCAAAAAUAUUCCGUGAUGGCUGGUACUCCAGAGAAAAUGGUGGAAUAUCUCUUAGAAACAAGAAUGGACAACUCCAAUACAAAUAACUUCGACGAUCAUUUUUUGAACGACUUUCUGAUCGCUUUCCCAAUAUUUAUGACCACGGAGGCAUUAUGCCGCGAGUUGCUGUCCAACUACAACAGAACCAACUGUUUUAUAAUCGGACAAGACGAGACCAGAAAUAUCACUGCUGAGCACAAAAUGGCCAUCAAAAGAAGGGUUGUUCAGAUGACGCUCCGCUGGUGUUACUUGGCUGGGAAUCUAUUCUUGGAAAACCAAUGUAUUUUCAGGUUCAUUGAGGAAUUGAUGGAUUAUCUAGAGACAGAUGAGCUUUUCAAUGAGUUUAACCUCCUCAAGACAGCCAUGCGGACACUUAAAGAAAGAUAUCCCACCGAUGACCUUAUCGAUGGUAAAAUUUUCGCUCCAGUGCGCCAUAGUCCACAUCGUCGAAUGGGCCUCGCUAAUAUCACAAAAGCCAUCAGAGACUACAAGUCAAUACGAGGAAUCGAUCAAAAUAUUUUUCGAGUCUUCUGUGCCGAUCAUACAUACACUACAGUGGCUUUGCCUUAUAACGCCACUGCGCAGACCAUUAUUAACGCCGCAGAGGAGCGUGUUCUGCUAGGCGAUGACUGCAUCCUGUGCGAGGUCAAAUCUUCAGGAGAACGCGUACCUUUCAAACCAAACGAAAUAUGUGUCACAACCGGACUAAGUGUUAACGGAAGAUUGUUUAUCGCGCCACGGGAACACUUGGACUCACUGACUCCUACUCCUGAGCAGGAAGGACCGUCAACCAGUAACCUCACAUUUCUUGAGUCAGUUGGAUCCAAAGAGCUUGCGUAUUACAUCACACAGUAUGACUAUGAGCUGUUCAACGCCGUUAACAUUCAUGAAUAUAUAUUCCGCAUCUUUGGCAAAGAGAGCCACAAACAGAUCACAGCAAAUCUUGAUUUGCUUCUCAGAAGAUUCAAUGAGGUCCAGCUUUGGGUCGAAACACAGAUUCUUCUCACUCAACAUCUCAACAAGCGGGUUUAUCUGUUGAAAAAGUUCAUCAAGUUGGCCGCACACUGUAAAGAGUACAACAAUUGGUAUUCGUUUUUCGCCGUUGUUAUGGCAUUAAACAGUGUUGCAGUCAGUCGCUUGUCUCAGACAUGGGAGAAAUUACCGAGCAAGUUUCGUAAAAUAUAUGAAGAGUUUGAAGGUAUCUUGGAGCCUUCUAGAAACCAUCGAGUUUACAGGCUUUUAGCUGGAAAAAUGAAGCCACCCAUAUUGCCUUUUAUGCCUCUUCUGAUAAAAGACAUGACGUUCACUAACGUAGGAAAUAAAACGCAAUUUGAUGAUCUGGUGAACUUUGAGAAAAUGAGAAUGAUCUCUUCUACUAUUCGUCUUAUCCAGUACUGUCGCAGCGAGCCGUUCAAGGCUGAACCUCCAACUCAAGUGAAAAUAGCUCAGGAAAUCACUAUUUUUGUGAGGAAUUUCAACGUUAUAGACAACGAGCGCAUUCUUAACCAGUUCUCUCACAGAUUGGAGCCCAAAAAAAACUAAGUAAUCCUUGUUGAUCAUUUAACGAUGCCUUCAACAAAUUCCUCGGCCAAUCAAGUUUGACAGCGGUAUAUGUGGACAGUGGUUCAUCAGCUUGGUGACAACAAUUCGAUAUAGUUUGUCCUUACGUGUCAACAGAGAGAGUAAUGUGGCAAAUUUCUGCAAUUGACUGUAUUUUCUGGUAAAUUUCACAUUUUCUUUUUAAACUCCUUUUUUUAAAUAUUGGCGUUAAGGGUCGCGUACAGAUAAUUCAAACACUGAUAGAUAAAUUUCUGACGCCAUUUCGAAUUGAAAAUGAUUAGAACAUUUUAA